AUGGGCUCAUUCCCACAGCUCCAGAUUUGGGACACAGCUGGUCAGGAAAGGUUUCGCUCUAUAACCCAGAGCUACUACCGCAGUGCCAAUGCCCUGAUCCUCACCUAUGACAUCACCUGCGAAGAUUCCUUCCGGUGCCUUCCUGAGUGGCUGAGGGAGAUUGAGCAGUAUGCCAACAACCAAGUGGUGACAAUCCUAGUAGGGAAUAAGAUAGACUUGGCUGAUAAGCGAGAAGUCCUUCGUCAGCGAGCAGAGGAGUUUGCAGAAGCUCAGAGCAUGCUUUAUCUGGAGACCUCUGCCAAGGAAUCAGACAACGUGGAGAAGCUCUUUCUAGAUCUGGCCUGCGAACUAAUCCGUGACGCCAAGCAAAACACGUUGGACAACAACGACUCCACUCCCAUGCCCGGAGAAGGGAAAAACAUCAAUUAUUUGGGCUGCUGCAGCAUGAACUAGUAAACUUGGCCACGCUGUCUGGCUGAAGAGACAACAUGGAUUGCAUACAAAGUGGUUGUAUUGUUGGUGGCCACUGCGUAGUUGCACACUACAGUCUACACUAAGGUCUACUUUAUUCUUCUUAAAUCCCUGAGUAUUUUAAAAAAAAUCGUAAUGCUGCUUUUAAAGUUGGCAUCUGAAGCUCCUAUGCUUUUGACCAUGGCCUUGUUGUUAUACAGUAGUGCUUGCUGGUAGGUCAGAC